GGGUGGGCCUGCCUUGCUUGCGGUAGGAGGGCAAGUUAGCUGCCAGCUGCGAUCAAGAGCCCGACACUCCAUGCGCGAUGCUGUUCUGGACUGCACUCAGCCUGGCUUUGAGUUUGCGGCUGGCACUGGCGGGGAGCGGCGUGGAGAGCAGUGCCACAGCGUCAGCCCCCCAGGGGGACCUGUUGUUCCUGUUGGACAGCUCAGCCAGCGUGUCACACUAUGAAUUCUCCAGAGUUCGGGAAUUCGUGGGGCAGCUGGUGUCUGCAAUGCCUUUUGGCCCCGGGGCUGUGCGUGCUAGCCUGGUGCAUGUGGGCAGUCGGCCGCACACAGAGUUUACUUUCGACCAGUACAGCUCAGGCCAGGCUGUACAGGAUGCCGUACGUGUGGCGUCCCAACGUAUGGGUGACACCAAUACAGGCUUGGCACUGGCUUAUGCUAAAGAGCAACUGUUUGCCGAAGCAGCAGGUGCCCGGCUAGGGGUUCCCAAAGUCCUGGUGUGGGUGACCGAUGGAGGCUCCAGUGAUCCUGUAGGGCCCCCUAUACAGGAUCUCAAGGACCUGGGUGUCACCGUCUUCAUCGUCAGCACUGGCCGGGGCAACCUGUUGGAACUGUCGGCGGCUGCCUCAGCUCCUGCUGAGAAGCACCUACACUUUGUGGAUGUGGAUGACCUUCAGAUCAUCGCUCCAGAACUUCGGGGCUCCAUCACUGAUGCGAUGCAGCCACAGCAGCUUCAUGCCUCAGAGAUUCUGUCCAAUGGCUUCCGCCUGUCCUGGCCGCCCCUGUUGACUGCGGACUCUGGUUAUUACGUGCUGGAGCUUGUGCCCAGUGACAAACUGUCAGCCGCAAGACGCCAACAGCUGCCAGGGAAUGCCACCAGCUGGAUCUGGACCGACCUCAAUCCAGACACGGAUUAUGAAGUAGCGCUGCUGCCCGAGUCCAACGUGCACCCUCUGCGGCCCCAGUACGUGCGAGUACGCACGCUGCAAGAGGAGGUCGGGCCGGAACGCAUCGUCAUCUCGCAUACCAGACCACGCAGCCUCCGCGUAAGCUGGGCCCCCGCGCUCGGCCCGGACUCCGCUCUCGGCUACCAUAUCCAGCUCGGGCCUCUGCCAUGCGGCUCCCUGCAGCGCGUGGAGGUGCCCGCUGGCCAAAACAGCACCACCAUCCAAGGCCUGACUCCCGGCACCGUUUACCUGGUGACUGUGACUGCAGCCUUCCGCUCUGGCCGCGAGAGGGCGCUCUCCGCUAAGGCUUGUACGGCCUCGGGCGAGCGGACCCGCGCCCCGCAGUCGGUGCGGCCGGAGUCCAGACCGCCCGAGCCGUGAUCGACCUGCCCCGUCCACCCGAGGGUCCCUCUUCCCUAGCCCAGUGAGGGAGGCGCCGCCGCUGCCGAAGCCGAGGUUUUUCUCGGGGGUGGGAUAGGGUGGGGUGGGGGGAGAUAGGGUGCCGGUCCUGCCUUUCCCUAGUGGUCACGCUGGGUAGCUGGGUCCUCGCCUGACUCCCGGGAACCCUGCGGCGACCCUGGUAGCCGCAGGUGCAAUGGCAAUCAUCUCCGGUUGCCAGUGGAAUUGAGCACACAGUGGUCUUUCGGCGGCAUUUGGCGGGGAGAUGGACAGUGUCAGAGGGCAGGUUGAAGACGUAAGACCCAGGACAAGCAUGCGCGAGAGAAGGGACACAGGGUCUCCUACCUGCGCCAGAGGCCGGGCCCUCUGCUGGUGAGGACGGCACAUGGCUUGGAGGAGAGCCCAGGACCAUCCGGGUCCUGCUUGUGCCUAGAAAGUGGGUGGAAAGAAAAAGAGGAGAGGCUGGUGCAGGCAGGAUUCCCAAAGGCUUCGGAAGGUUCGGGAGGGGUCUUGGGAGGCUGAUGAUGUUGUCAAGCGGUUUUCACUAGGGUCCUCUGCCAGCCUGGAGGCCAGUACCUGUCAGGGACACUGGCCCUGCCUUCCUGCCCAGGACUUACACUAGACCCCACUAUCAGUGCCUGGGAUGCCGUCUUUUCUUCGCAGGAAUGGGAUGAGACCUUGGCAUCUAGGAUCGUGGGAAUAGGAGAUCUCCUGCUAUGACAGGCUCUAAGGGAGGCUAAUGUAGGGAACUUCACAGGGGCCAGGAACAAACAACAUUCCCCGGGAUAGAUUCAUUCCAAGGGCUCUGCAACAGCUAACCCCAACGUGUCAUGCUAGUUGGCUAGCUCUUGUCCUCACCUGCCACCCUAGGGCUUCUAACAGAAGCUAAGGGUGGUUCCCCUCGAGUCCCUACGCAGGCAGAGCCGUUCUUCCCAGAAUCAUUUGCCCCAACCCAAGCUUACUUCAUCUUCCCCACUAACUACCCAAACUCUAAAAUACAGUUAUAAACUGUGCCUGCAGUCUUAUUAAAAUGCUUUAAUUUUCGAGCCGG